CGCACGCGUGUCUCGCGACAUGGCGGACGCAGCUCCAGACGCGGCGCCGCCGGCGCUGCGCGCGCUGAUCGACGACGUCGCCCGCGGCCAGGAGUACCACGACCACCGCAUCGCCGUCACCCCGCUGUCCACCGGCGGCGCGAACUACACCUCCGAGCUCUUCCUCAUCACCGUCGCGGCGCCCGGCCGCGACGACCUGCGCCUCUUCGUCAAGGUCGCCAACAUCAACGGAAAAAUGCGCGACGCCGCGCCCAUCACCAAGUUCUACGAGACCGAGAGAUUCGUCUACGGGACGCUGGUGGACAUCUACCGCAAACUGGAGGAGCGGAACUCGGUGCCGGCCGAGCACCGGCUGUACUUCCCGAAAUACUACGGCUGCAAUCCGAAAGUGUUCGAGGAGACGAUCGUGCUGGAGGACCUGGGCGCGCGCGGGUUCGGCACGCACGACCGGCUCGAGUCGAUCGACUGGCCGUACGCGGCCGCCGCCGUGGCCGAGCUGGCCAAGUUCCACGCGCUGUCCUUCGCGUACGAGCGCGACCACCCGGAGGAGUUCGCGCGCGUGCUGCAGGAGCGGAGGUUCGAGUUCGGGUCGGACGAGGAGAAGAGGAAGGGCGUGUGGGAGGGCAUGGUGCGCGGCGCGGUGGGCGCGUGCGGCGAGCGGCACCGCGCGCGGCUGGCGCGCUACCUGGCCGAGCACGCGCCCCGCGUGCUCGACUACUACGAGCCGCUGCGGCGGCCCGUGCUAGUGCACGGCGACUACCGCCCCAGCAACCUCAUGCACAGACUCAAACCAGAGGGCGCGGUGGAGGUGGUGCCGGUGGACUGGCAGACGGUGCGCGCGGGCCGCGCCGCCACCGACCUGCUGUACCUGGUGUUCGCCGGCUCGGACGCGGCCUUCCGCGCGCAGCACUACACGCGGCUGGUGGACGAGUACUACGCGCAGCUGCAGGCGGCGCUGCGCCGGCUGCGGCUCGACCCCGACCUCCUCUACCCGAGGGCCGACUUUGACUAUGAACUUCAACAGAGCCUGCCGUACGGGCUGCUGAUCUGUGUGUUCGUGCUGCCGCUGGUGACGGUGGAGGCGGCCGACGCGCCGCGCAUGGACGAGAUGGGCCUCGACGCGUGGCAGGUCAAGACCAGCGCGCUCUUCAGCGACCGGCUCAACGGCGUCGUCGACGACUACGUGGCCUGGGGCGUGCUCUAG